AUUCUAUACUGAAUCCAUAUUUCAUUAUUGUUGAUCUACCACUGGUGUGUGUGUGUGUGUGUUAGUAAAUGUUAGAUAGCACUUAACUUUGAUCAAAUACUCAACAAUAGUGGUCUUUCAAAAAGUUGUUGUUUCUUGGUAUAAAAACAUUGAACGGUUCGUUGAAUGUUAUUUGCGGUUUAUUGUAAAUUGAAAUUUAUCGAAGUGGGGAUUUUAUCGAGUGAUAUUUUAUUUUUUUUUAAAUUCAAUCAUGUGGUGAUUAUGUUUGUGUAGAUAACAGGUUAGGACAUGGGUCGAGGUAGUUACCACUCCAACAGAGCGGAGUUUCUUUCUGACGAAGCCAUCCUUAAGUACAGCAGAAAUGGCGGUUGUUUUGUCACAACUAAAAAGGCCAUUGGUUUUGUGGUUUUUGCUUUAAUAUCACUAUUGAUAGUCAUUUUGAUAAUGUAUUAUUAUGGACCGACAAAAACGAACGAAACGAUAAUCAAAGAAUCAAAUGACAUUGAAAAAUUAAUUAAUGACACCAUAAACGAAGAAAAAAGUAAAGAGACUAUUAGGUUACCGAAAUCCUUAUAUCCACAGUUUUAUAGACUUUGGAUACAUCCCAUUUUAGAUGAAAACAGCGAUAGAAAUUUCACGUUUUCCGGUCGAGUUAUAAUCGAAGUUAACUGCGUUGAAGAUACAAACAAAAUCAUACUUCACAUGGAUGAUCUCGAUAUCAGUGAAUCUGAUAUUCAAGUCUAUACAACAAGACAGGUAGAAAUAACCACAGAAUCGCAAAUUUCAAAUAAUCCCCCAUCUCACAACGUUUCUCGGAGAGAAGUCGACGACGUAGAAACCGUCGAAGAAACAUUAACAACAACAGAAAUUAUACAAACCACGAUAUUAGAAGAAACAGAAUCUCUUCUCCCAUCGACUACACUUCCACCAGAUCCAACAACCAAUUCAACUGAACCAUCAACAGAAAAAAUCACUUACAAAACUGAAAAUAUUCCAUUACAUAUAAUAACAGUUGAAAAAGAUGAUGUAAAUUUUAAACUCAAGAUACAUUUAGCUCAAGUGAUGGAAAAUGGUAAAACAUAUAUGGUCGAAAUUAAAUUCAGUGGACAAAUUCUAGAGAAUUUGAUUGGGUUGUAUAAAACUAGUUAUGUAGAUACAGAAGGAAAUAUAAGAUGGUUAGCUACGACACAUCUACAACCAACAUACGCAAGACGAGUUUUUCCAUGUUUUGACGAACCGUACUUCAAAGCACCAUUUGCAAUUAGUGUUGCUAGAAGAACUAAUCUGACUGUUUUGUCCAAUAUGCCGUUGCAACAAACGGAACCAAUGGAAGAUCCAGGGUGGGUCUGGGAUCAUUUCCAAAAAACUCCUCCGAUGUCUACCUACCUAGUGGCUUUUACCAUCAGCGACAUGAAGAGUAUAUCAGCUAACGUGACGGUAGGCCCCCCAGUAAAGAUUUGGGCUAUUAAGAGUGAUUUGACUCAAGCUCAAUACGCCCUUGAUGUUACUAUGGAGCUUUUACCAUUUUUGGAGACAUUUUUCGAUAUGAAGUAUCCAUUACCAAAACUGGAUAUGCUAGCUGUACCUAAUUUCGGAAAAGCUGCAAUGGAGAAUUGGGGUAUUAUUUCGUUCAGAAAAUCAUCACUUUUAUUUGACCCCGAUUCUACAAGUAUCAAAACAAGAAGUUACAUUUUGGCAAAAAUAGCACAUGAAUUAGUUCAUCAAUGGUUCGGAAAUCUUGUAACUAUGGAAUGGUGGUCCGAUUUAUGGUUAAAUGAAGGGCUAGCGACAUUUAUAGCUGAAAUAGCAAUAACAACAUUAAGACCUAAAUGGCACGCUUAUAGCAGCGUGAAAGUGAGAGAUACGUACAAUACUUUAAACUAUGAUAGUUUAAAAUCUGCAAGAAGUAUACAAAGUGAAAUUCUAACUAACGCACAAAUUGAACAAACAUUCGACAGUAUUGUUUAUAGAAAAGGUAGUAGUGUCUUGAAGAUGUUAAACUCGACUUUGUCUUACGAAAUAUUCCAAAAAGGCUUGCAGGAAUUUGUGAAAAAAUAUGCUUACAAGGCUGUAACUCAAGAUCAUCUUUGGUCGCUUUAUACAACGUCAGCUCAAAAUAAGAGUCUCAUUCCUUCUACAGUCACCGUUAAAGAUCUUAUGAAUUCAUGGUCCAUGCAAAGCGGAUAUCCAUACGUUACCAUUACAAGAGAUUACGCAACAGGUAUUGCUAAAAUUAAUCAAACAAAAAUGACAGAAAACACCAAUACUACAUCCGAUGCUCUCUGGUAUAUUCCGAUAACCUACAUCACGACGACAAAUAGUAAUGUUGAAAUCAUUUGGCUAGAAAAUGUUAGAGAAACAACUCUAAAUAUGACCGGAAUCAGUAAUGGAUCAUGGAUCUUAUUGAAUAUAGAUGAAACAGGAUUUUACAGAGUAAACUAUGACACUUAUAACUGGAAACUACUCAUCUACCAGCUAAGGACGGGUCGCAUUCAAAUUCCAGUAACUACAAGAGGACAACUCAUCGACGACUCUUUCGCUUUAGCAGAAUCAGGAAUUAUAAAUUACACUAUAGCUUUCGACCUUGUUAAGUAUCUUUACAUUACUGAGCCAAAUUACAUACCAUGGUACAGUGCUUUGAGAAAUAUGGAAGAGCUGAGAACAAUCAUUAGUAAUUAUGAAUACUCUGGAAUGUACGACAGUUUUCUUUUGAAACUCGUGAAACCUAUGUAUAAUGAACUAGGAACAGAGACCAGAGUCUACGACACACAAAAUGAGAAACUUCUGAGACUACAUAUUGUUACAUCAGCUUGUAAACUCAGAUAUGGAAAAUGCAUAAUGUGGGCACGAACUAAAUUUUAUGAUUGGAUUCAAAUGAAAGACCCUGAUUCAGAAAAUCCAAUAAAAGUAGACUAUCGAUAUAUAGCUCAAUGUACAGCAAUAAAAUCAGGUGGGCCUUUCGAAUGGGACUUCUUAUGGAACAGAACACGUAAUCCUGCCAUAGCCCCUGUUGAUUUACAAACUGCUUAUCAAAGUUUAGGAUGCACUUAUGACCCUUGGCUUAUCAACAGAUAUUUGGAAUACUCAUUGAGUGGGAAUAUUAGCUUGGAAUUCAUCCCUUAUGUGUGGCAGUCCAUAAAUCAUCCUGUGGGGAUAAGAACUGGUUUCCAAUUUUUAAGAUUGAAUUGGGAUAGAAUUUAUAAAAGUUAUGAGGAAGUCUACUUAGUUUUUAAUACUAUUUUCCAUGAUUUUCUUGGUCAGUUUUCCACCGAAGCUGAUUUGGAAGACCUAACAACGUUUUACAAAAUCCAUCAAACUGAUUUGAAAACUGUAUCAGGAGUUCUUCAGAGCACGGUUGACCGUAUAAAAGUUAGAAUAAAUUGGAAGACGAAACAUUUGGAGUCUGUAGUAAAUUGGUUGAAGAAAAAUAUUUAUUGAGAUUUUCACAUAUUUUAAAAUUCUACUAGCCUCUGAGCAUAAAGUCGACUCGAAACCAAAGUUAUAUUAUUAGCAAUAAAUAUAGAUAUACAGCAUCAUUCUGAAAACAAUUUUAAACUUUUCUUAUAUCACUUUAUAAAUUUGUUAUUUAUAUUAAAUUUAUUGUUCAAUUAUCUUAUUAAAAAAAUAAAUACCCAAGUGAAUGCGAUACCGAUCUAAUUUAAAAUAUUAUUUAAUCGAUACUAUAUUUUUCUGACAAUCUACAGAAAAUACUUUGUUGAAAGCUGUGCAUUCCUCCCUACUGCUAGUUCGUUGGGAUAUUAAAUAUUUCAUGUCGUCAGAAAAGUGUGGAAACUGUAGUUUUCGUACUUACACAAGUUACUUAUCAUACCUACUUUUCGCACUAGUUGCACAAUAUACUAUCAAAUCUUUAGUUGACACCAAUAAUGCAGACUGCAAGAUCUGAGAAGUCUGAAGCAUAAUUGCAGCUUUAACAUUAGUGCUGCCAAUUUGCCAUAUACAGAGUGUUUCUAUAUUCGACCGACAACCCUCUACCACAGAGAGAUCUCAAUAAAUAAUUAAUUUUGAUAUAGGAAUACGAUCCCUUACGGAGCCUAGUUGUUGAGAUAUAGGGUGCGCAAAAUUUUAAAUCAAAAUAAAAAAUUUGCCGUAAACAAGAACGCCUUUAAAUUUUUUUUUGCAAAUUUGGUGACCAAUACGCUCCUUAAUAAAGUAAUAUCUUGACAUAAACAAACUUUGGAAAAAUUUAACAAGUGGUGCGCUGUCACGGUUAGUUACCCCAUUGAAGCAAAUUCUUUUUUUAAUUUUGUUUUAAAUUGCUUGAUUAUGCUUAGUUAAAAAACGCGAAUAACCUUUUAUGGAGCUAAAAUGAACGUUGUUGUAGAAAUCUAAACAAAAGUCUGCAAGGAUGUAAGUAAUUCACAAAUUAAUUAACCAUUCAUUUAAUUUCGAAUAAUGAUUAAGCGUAAUUAAUUCAAAACAAAUAAAAAUUAUUCAUAGUCUCAACUGUUGGCCACUUACUUCAACACACUUAUUACAUUAUUUUGUCAUUGAAAAACGUGUCUUUAAGACUAAAUCUGGCUGGGAUUGAAUGAUUUCUGCAGCAGCUUGAAUUAUUGAAUAUUAUAAUAUAAUAAUAUAAUAAUAUAUAAUAUAAUAUUAUUGAAUAUUAGAUCUUGUUCAGAUUCGAUUAUUGUUUCGUACACUAAGGACUUCAUAUAGCCCCAUAUAAAAAGUCGAUAGGAUUUUAAUCAGGUGAUCUUGGAGACCAACAAUUGUGUCCACCCCGACCAAUCCAUUUUUCUCUAAAGCGUCUGUUUAAGUAAUAUUUAACGGUACAUUCUCCAACAAUUCAUCCCACAUUUCUACCAGAAAGCGCGUUAAAUUGCUCCAUUUAAUUUAUUUGGUAAAAUGUAAGGACCGAUUAAGCAGUUUCCAACCAUACCCGCCUACAUAUUAUCCGAAUAUUUAUGCUGAAAUCCCCUUUCACGAACAAAGUGCGGAUUUUCUUCAUCCCAAACGUGAUUAUUUCUAGAGUUGAAAAUUCCUUUUCUAGUAAAUCUAUACUCGUCGGUAUACAACACAUAUUUUGGAAAAUCUUGUCAAAUACACAAACUGUCAUGAACUAAUAAAAAUAUGAUAAAUUACAAUUUAGAAAUAUUGAGUCGUAUCUAAUUACCUGCAGACUUUUGUUUAGAGGCAAUUUUUAACAGCACUGUUCAUUUUUAGCUCUAUAAAAGGUAAUUAGUUUAUUAACUAAAAAUGAUCAGACAAUUUAAAACAGAAUUUAAAAAAGAAUUUGCUCCAGUGGCGUAAAAAAUAGGGGGAUAAAAGUGGCAACUAACCCUGACAGCGCGCCACUGAUUAAAUGUUUCCAAAGUUUGUUUAUGUCAAAAUAUUACUUUAUUAAGGAGCAUAUUUUGAACACCCUACAUAUCAACAACUAGGCCUCGUAAUACUUCGUAUUCCUAUAUCAAAUGAAUCAUUUAUUGAGAUCGCUCUGUGGUAGAGCAUUAUUUGUGCAUGCUUCUUAAUUGAAAGUCUUGGAGUAUAAAUGUGAAUAAUUAAAGUUUUUUAGAUGACAUUUUCAUUCUGUGUCAUAAAAUAUAGGUACAAUGAAUUGAUCCUAUGGCAAUCUUUUCUCAAUCUAAAUGUAUUAUUUCAUGUAUAUUCUCAUAUUCCCAUGUAUAUAAUAAAAAUAUUGUAAAUAACCCCUUCAUCCACACAGCACAAUUGUUCUAUUUUGAAUAUAUCUUUGGAGGAAGAAACACUUACACCACUAUAAACGCCUACGUGAUGAUAUAUUUUUAAGCAAGUAAUAAGAACAUAUUUUCAUCAUUCAAUUUGGGAUAUUAUUCAGUUUAUUAUUACUUAAUAUUGUUGUAACACUGAUGUAAAUACGUAUUUAUUAUUGUUUAAGCUUUGUGUUUUGUUUUAAAUAUAAAUUUUCA